AUGGCUGCAGCACUCGGUGUCAUUGUUAAAGUUGCGAAUAAACAGGAUGAUGCAACAGCAGUCACAACAACUACAACGGCAACAACAUCGUCAUCUACCUUAGCUAACAAUUUAGUUACUUCCAUCACUGUUGAUCAAAUGAUGUCUCAUCUAAAUGAAUUUCAAAAAAUUGCAGAUAAUAAUGGGCGUACACGUGCUAUUCAUACUAGAGGAUUCGAACUGACACUGGAUUAUAUCACACAGUAUCUGACGAACAAUACUAAUUUAAAAGUUCAUCGUCAAGAUUUUAAUUGGAGUACAUUCAAUUUGACUGACAUCCCAACAUUUAGCUCAAAUAUUAGUGGUGUGAAUAAGAUCUACACUAGGGGUGUUGGAGCAGAUUUCUAUGAACUAAUAUAUUUUCGUAAUUCAUCAACAAGUUCAGUAUCAGCUCGAGUAACUAUCAUACCGCGCUAUGGUUGUAGUCCUUCUGAUUGGAAUACACUAGAUAUCACUGAAACUGUUGCUUUGGUUGCUGGCGGUGGUGGUUGUCUUUACCGGGUGAAAGCACAAUUAGCCCCGUCGAAUCUAAGCGGUCUAUUGAUUUAUAACUCUGUUGGUAUGUCUGCCGUCGCAUCAAGUGUUAACCCAAAUAUAACAUUCCCCGUUCUAUCUGUAUCAUAUGGAGUUGGCAUGGAACUGAAGAAUGCGCCAAAUAAUAUGUUAGUAACAAUUCAACUUACAGCUGGAAAAGAGCAAAAACCAGUUGGAAAUAUAUGUGCGGAUACAAGAACGGGCAGUGGUAGUGCAGCUAAUCUUGUUCUUGCUACGAACAUAGCUCGAUUAUUUAACAAGUCAGUUGACCGAGCGUACAAAUAUCGCGUUCGGUUCUGUUGGUGGGGUGCUGAAGAAGUUGGCCUUCGCGGAGCUGAAUAUCACCGUGAUAUGGCAAGACAAAAUACAACGGUCGGCGAACGUAUUUCAGACUAUUUAGUUAAUUUGAACUAUGAUAUGCUUGGUUCACCAAAUUAUAUGUUUGGCAUCUAUAAUGGAAGCAGUGCUCCUAAUAAUACACCUGCAUAUGCAAAACCUGGUAGUAUUAAACUGUCAGAAUUAUUUCGUGAUUGGUUUACUAACCACUUAUUGCCAUGGACUUAUACUGAUGUCAGUGGAAGAGCAGAUUAUGGGCCAUUUUUGGAAGCCGGUGUUGUUGCAUCAGGAUUGUUUUCCGGAGCUGAGGGUAUAAAAUCGAAAAGUGAACGCGAUUACUACGAUCAAGUUUUGGGUUCAUCUCCAGGGGGCAUCGUUGCAACGGCAUAUGAUCCAUGUUAUCAUUUGGAUUGCGAUACAGUGCAAAACAUAAAUCAAUUUGCAUUACAAAGAAUGACACAGGCUGCUGCAUAUGUUCUGGAAUUUCUUGGACGAUUAGAUAAUCUUGAAGAUUGGCUGUAUCCUGAUGGACGACCUGGAGGAAUGUGGAAAACAGCGUACACUUUUUAA